CAUGUUGAAUUUGACGCACAUGCCCGUUGGCUGUGGAACCUGGCCAGCAUUUUGGACGACCUCGACGACGGGGUGGCCAAACUUCGGCGAAAUCGACGUCCUCGAAGGCGUAAACUACGACCCCUGGAACUCAAUGACGCUCCACACCAAAAAGGGGUGCGCAAUCGAUAACACAACGUACGUGGGCGAUUACACCGGAAUCCUCCAAUCCACCGACUGCUACGUCGACUCACCCCUCCAAGGCUCGAACCAAGGCUGUGGAAUCUCGGACCGGAGCAACGCGAGUUUUGGGCUCGGUUUGAAUAACGCAAAGGGCGCCAUCUUCGUAAUGGAAUGGCGCUCAGAAUGGAUAAAAGUCUGGCAAUUUCCACACGGGACCGAACCCUCCGAUCUCCUCUCCCCAUCCCCUAACCCCCUCUCCUGGUCCACCCGACCUCGCGCAUUCUUCCCCGGGCUGGAGUGCACGGUUGAUGAGUUUUUCAGUGAUCACGUUAUUGUUAUCAAUCUGGCGCUUUGUGGGGAUUGGGCGGCGGGGAGUUAUCCGUAUUCGGGGUGUCCGGGGACUUGUGAGGAGUAUGUGAGGUAUAAUCCGGGAGGGUUUAAGGAGGCUUAUUGGGGGAUUAAUGGGGUUAAGGUUUGGCAGGGGCCGGAGGCGACCAUCAAGAGCAUUGGGUCGACUGGGGCGACUGAUUAGGGGGGUGUAGAGUGAGGCAGGGAGAGAGAGAGGAGGGGGCGGAGGGGCAUGGCUAUACACGUAUUUGAAACCUUUUACGACUUAGGAUUAAUCAUGUUAUCAUCAUAGAAGAACGUGAACGGAC